UUCGCCGAUCUGUGUCAGAAACUGGGCAAUCGCCUGGUGGACGAAGGGGGUGAAUACACAGCACAUGCAGCUCUGUGCUUCAUCGCAGGGGGUAGUGUGGACCACGUGCUCGGUGUGUGGAAGACAGACGCACGCCAUGUGUCUAAGGAGGAGCUGUUGGAUUUGGUGGAGCGGGCCACUGUACUGGGCCGAACGUCCCAGGGGGGUCUGAUUGCGGACGAUAGCACGAGCGAGAACUUUAGGAAAUACGGAGAGCUCACUGCCGCAGAGGGUUUACUGGACAUCUCCAACACAUACCUUGGCUUGUGCAGUGGAUCUCUACCCGGCCUGGGAGUGUCACGUGAUCGUGCAUUCAAUGCGCGGACCAAUCAGAUGCAAGGCGAGGUUGCUCCGGAAUUCCCCUUCGAGAGAGUGCAGGUGUACACACAGGCCGAGCUAGAACAAAAGAAACAGCAGGAGGCGUAUGCCGAGCAACAGAAGACACAACAAGCACAGAGCCAUAAUAAUAACAACCAGGGCUACGGCGCACCCCAACAAGGCUAUGGAUCUGUUCCCGGCUACCAGCCACCCAGCCAAUACUGUGCCGGUCCCCCAGGAGCUGGCAGUCAGUUCAGCGGGGGUUAUGGUAACCAAGGCAACCAGCAGUCCAAUCAGUGGAACCAGUCGCAGACUGCACCACCGGCCCCGGCUACAGGAUACAACGCAUUCACCCCAGGACAACCCCAACAACCCAGCACCGGGUUUGGCGGUCCGCCCCCACUCAGCUCAGGUUUUGGCGGGCAGCCACCGACCAAUGGAAUGGGCUCAUUCAGCGGUGCAUCGAAUAUGGGUCCACCCGGGAUGAGCGGGCCUCCGAGUAUGGGUGGACCUCCGCCUAUGGGCGGGCGUCCGUCGCUCGGCCUACCCAGCGCAUUCACGCCAUCACAGCCCAACAGCAUGGGUCCCCCGAGCAUGAGUGGCGGCAUGAAUAGUUUCAGUGGUGGUGUACAUGGCCAAGGCAUGGGUAGCAAUAACACGGGUAGCAAUAACAUGGGUAGCAUGGGCAUGCCCCCACCCCCACCAAAAGCUUGCCAGGCCCACCCCCGGGAUCAGGACCAGGUGCCUCGAAUGAAUUCAAUGUCGGGGCCGCCGUCGCAAAUGGGACCUCCUUCCAUGGGUCCACCGUCGCAAAUGGGUCCACCGUUGCAAAUGGGUCCACCGUCGCAAAUGGGUCCACCGUCGCAAAUGGGUCCACCUUCACAGAUGGGAGGCCCACCCCCAGGACAAUUCAAUCCAUCGACAUCACAAGCACCACCAGCCCAACAAGGCCAAUUCUUUAACCCAGCGCAGCCCCAACAGAGCGGCAGCAUGGGAGUGGGGCGUAUUCCGUCCAAUCAAAUGCCAAUGACUCCCACAGGCACAGCAGUGCGACAACCUUCUUUCCCAACGGGCGCGCCUCCAAUGAUGCAUAACCAGUCACAGUUCGGUGGGGCACCAAGCGGCCAAUCUUCAAUGGGCCAACAACCACCCGCACAGCCAGCACCCCCCCCUGCACCCGCCCCCAAGGCUCCAAUUCCUGAGAAGGACAUGCCCAUGGUCAACCAAAUCAAAGCCGCCAUUGACAGAGGGAGUGCUGUACAAAAUAUGACUGCCAAACGCAAAGUAGACGACCUCACGCGUCGCAUGGAGGGCUUCUACGAUGCACUCCGCACGAACGCUAUCGACCCCACACUACUACAGCACAUGACCGCUCUGGCUCAAGCCCUGGAGGCGCGCGACUAUGGGCAGUGCCAGGCCAUCUACCAACACAUCGUAACGACUAUGCCCACAGACACCAUCAGUCACUGGCUGGUGGGUGUGAAGACGCUGUACCAGAUACUGCAGCAGAACCGUUGCUAG